GGCCUCCCCCUUUCAAUCCUGGCUUGGCAAGUUAGAGAGAGGGAGUCCUGCUUGUGCUUGCUUCUCCAAAGAACCCUGCUCAGUGUCCUGAAGCUUAAAAGUGCUUGUCUCCCACUUCUGGGACUCUUAAUAUCUCUGGGAACCUUUGCUCUUAAGUACUCCUGGCUUUUGUGACUCUUGAGAAUGUUGUUCUUCAACAUGUUCCUCCUGUCUUUGGCCCUGUGCCACUGGGCAUAUGGUGCAGAAUCUCAUAAUUUCACCAUGGUCCAGUACAGUUACUUCCCAAACAAGACUUUAGUGGAAAGUGUUGGUUAUGCCACUCUAGAUGGGACACGCACCCACACCCUGGAGAGCCAUAAUGGACAUGUCAAUGUGAGCCAGUUACUCCCACUUGAGACUUCAGAUCGCUGGGAGAUGAGGAGAACCCAGCUACAUGAUUAUCUAUCCCGUUUGAAGGCCCUGGUCUAUUUGCUUACCCUAGAAAGGAAUAUAUCAUACCCCCUCGAAGUACACUGCACUGCAACAUGCCAGCUCUCUGAGAAUGGUACCAGCAGCUUCUUUGAGGUUUUGCUCAAUAAAGUUGAAUUCCUGAUAUUCCGUGGAGCCAAGAAUGGCUGGGAACCUUUACAAGAAACAUCUGAAGCUAUCUAUGCCAGUACAAAUUUGAACAAAUAUAACGAGACCAGAGGACAUGUAGAGUUUUUCCUACAGGAAACAUGUAUCAACUUCAUCAGAGAACACACUGAUGUGAAAGAAGCCUUAACUGGGAAACGUGAAGGACGCCCACACACUCCAUUGGUGUUAGGCAUAAUCCUUGGUGCCCUCGCUAUAAUGGGCUUCGCUGUUUGCCUCUUCCUAUGCACAGGAGGGAGGAGAUAGCACCAAUCACUACAGCAUGUGGACUCCCAACUCUCCAGACUGCCUAGCUCAGUACAACAAGCAGGAAGAUGUAGAUUCUUGUUUGCUAUUUUUCUGAAAAGGCUAGUGUCUGUACAGACCUUUGACUCACAUAUUAUACUGAUAUGUAUGAUGAACGAUAACACAGAAGCAUCAAGGCUACCAGUAUCACUGGGAUAUUUACUGUCUUCACAACCUUGGAGAAAAGGGCCCUUCACUCAUUCAUCCAAGAGGAUUCCAGUUUGGACACCCCAUGGCUGGGAGAGCCCCACCUCAUACAAAAUUUAAACAUGCUGCACCAGUUCUGAUAGUGACUUUUGAUCCAUUUCCAGCCCUUCACAGGGAUGAUUUUGACACAAAUGCUUUGAACAACUUGGGAUCAAGAUACUCCUAGAAUGCCACCUCACCUGUGUACCUAAUGUCUCAUGAUAUUUAGAGUACUCUGAAAGUCCCUUCAUUGUAAAGCUGAGAGGCUUGUUACAAGCAUGUUUCUUCAGUUGUAAUCUCUUGGCUCUGGAAUCCUUUUUGGCUAUGAAAGUUCAAAUUCCUUACCAUCUACGUUGCUAACAUUUUAGCACCGGCCUGUUUUUUGGUUUUGUUUUGUCUACAGGUAGCAAAUGGAGGAAAUAUUCCAACAUUGUUAAUAGCUCAAAUCUAUUGCUUUCAUUCCUCCAGUGAUUUUAGCUUUUGUGCUUACUUGUGGUUGUAUUUUAGCAUCCAUAUUUUAUUUAUUGUUGUGUCAGUAUGUUAGGUUAGUGCUUUGUUAUAACCUUGUAUUUUACUUGUAUUAUUCCUAUGUUAUUUUUAACAGCUUAAAUGCCAAAAAACACUAGAUCCUCUUUGAUCUUGCAAGCUAACCAGAGCUAGCCAUUUGGAUGGGAGACUACCAACAGUCACCAGGUUAUUUCAGAGAAAGAAACUGGCAAAACCACACAUGUAUUUCUUUCUGAAGAAAAUCCUAUAAAAUUCAUGGGUUUGCCGUUAACUGAUGGGUGACUUGAAGGAACAUACACACUUUUCUCCAAAUUAUACUGUACAAUGCCUAAAGAAAAACACUUUCUAGGGCAUUUAAGAAGUACAUUUGUGUGUGCAUGUUAGUGGACAGGGUAGGAGCAAAUUCACAAACCAUAGCAUAAAAGAACAUGUUCACACAUCUUGUUCUGCAGCUUUUCACUUCUGAAGCAUCUUGAAAAACUAUUACCAGUAUUGUUUAUUUUGUUCCAACAGUUUAUGAAUGGAUUUAAAAACAGUAUUGCCAUGCUAUGUGGUGAUUACCACUGGGUUGGAAUAACUUAUGAGGAAUACAUCAAUCGGCAGCUAUUAAACAGGUGGACUACAUUAAAUCUC